UUUUUAGAUCAAUGCCGUAUAUUGGCAUUUCCAUCCAGUUUAUUCUUCGUAGGAGAAUGUCUUGUUAACCACACUAUAGCAAACAUCAGUAUGAUUGACAGGGACAUGUGUGAAUAUCGUUGCUACUUGGACCACAACUAUGUCAGUGUUAACUUUUAUUUUGGAGAAAACGGAGCAGAAGUACACAACUGUGGACUGAAUAACUCAACGGGUAAAGAGUAUGAUAACGAUCUGGUGAAAGCAGCGAACCAUGUUUACCACGGAACUAAGGUAGCAGUUGAUAAAUGUCAAUUGCACUACUCUCUUUUAGAAACUCGUGAGUGCUAUAGGGGUACUCUUUUUAUUCAUGUCUGGAAAACGCCAGAUUAUUCAUUUGUUUCUGUUGAAGACUUUUUGCGCUCAAGCUUCAUGCCAAAACAACGCCACCUGCCAGUCGGGGUUUACAAGAAAACGAUAUCGAUGUUUAUGUGCAUCUGGAUUCACCGGCUACGAUUGUGAAAAAGGUGACACUUGCGUAAUAGAAAUGAAUUUUUUAUUUUAUCACAGUGGUCUAUUUCUUCAGAAGGUUCAAGAUUCAGAAUCAGUCGUACUUAUGACACAUACUGAAUAUGACCCAUAGUGGGUGAAAAGAAGGAUGGGAGCACAAGUCCAAUUUUCAUGCUCUUUUUCUCAACUUUGGUUAAGCGUCUUGUUUACGAUGAACAGCAAAGAAUUCAAGCCACCUUCCUUAAGUUUUGGAUGCCUCUUUCUUUAUUUCAAAGACUAUCCCGUCUCUUUGAAGUUGCAGACUCACCUCAGGCUAGGCAUUCAGUGCCGGAAAAAGUGGGCGAAAAUUUUUCCUCUCGGCAGCCCCUCAUUUUAUUGCUCACUUGCUUCUUCACUCGCCGAUGCUGACAAAUAGCGUAACACAUCAUAUUAUCCCCUCCGCUUCCCGCAACCUCUGGCCUUUAGUAUCUUGACCAGAGGUCUAUUGAUUAUAUUUUAGACAUCAACGAGUGUGAAACAAAUACCCACAAGUGCAGCAAUGAAAACGUCAUAUGCUUAAAUACCGAAGGAUCAUUCAAGUGCAUUUGUGAACAUGGAUUCAGCGGUCAUAUACAUAAUUGCAAAGGUAAUGAACAUUACUUAGAGCGGAAAGCCUCGUCCUAAUUGACCUUUGGUAAAAACACCCGUUUUUAACUCGUGAGUUGCGCGCAUGCGCAAGAGCGAGUUGUAGAUACGAUGUGGGGAAUGGCACUCGCUCGCUCGCUUGCUCGAUUGGUCGAUUCCUGUAAACUUUUUUUCGAUUUUAGGCUUUUGAGUGCAUUUGAUAGUUUUUGGCGAGCAAUAAACAAACGAAAUGGCGACCUUUGUUGCUAAGAAUAGUGGUGGGAUAACAAAGAAGUCAAUGAUGUUCUUAAAAUAAUUUUUUUUUCGUUUUAGUUUCAACAAGCGGCGCUAGCGACUGGCAGGCAUGCAAGGAGUCACACUGAAAUAACAGAAAAACCUUCGUUUUUCAUAAAAUUGCAAUUUACAAUCCUUGAACUUGAAAACAAUCCAAAGAUUCAUUGAAAAUAUCACUUACUGCGAAGCGCUCGGAGUUUACAGAUGUUCAAAAGCUUUUUCUGUUACGGCGUUAGAUUGAGGACAAAAUCGAUCAUUACGUUUCGUAUCGUGUGUUUUUCCUGUGAGAAACAACAGAAGAUGCCGGCGAUUAACGAAAUUACAAGUUAACACGAAAAUCAAAUAACACCUAAACAAACAAUUUUAGCUACCGAUUUUCAGUGAAUUUUUAAAUUUUCUUUUAAGUUUCAAUACAAUUUGAAGAUUCAAAAUACAUAUUACGUACUAAAAUGCGAAAGUUAUACACCACAAAAUUGAUAAAUAGGCCUGAAAUGAAAUUCUAUCUUGUUAUUGAUUAUACGUUGCCUAGCACUUGACUAAAAUCUACCAAGGCGGAGAUCCAAAAUGACGGUAACAGUCUUGGCUUAGUUAUAUCACUCAAAACUCGUUCCCGUUUGUCUCAUUUGAUAAAGAGGGAAUCGUUAAUCUUUUCAUUAAGAAAGUAUUGCCUUGAUUUUCUCAGUAAUAUUUACAAUGAUAGACAGUAAAUUUCACUUUUCACCCACAUUUACUUCCAACCUUUUCUUUUGAACAAGAAACAGAAAUGAUAUACGUUUAAAACACAUGACAUCAUCCACCCUUGUCAAUGCAAUAGCAUGAUCAUUUCAAUUGUAAUGCCUUCUUAUCCCGACGUUACUUUGUUUCUUUGCUACAUUAGCGAACACUGAACUACUGCUCGUACUCUAGAUAUGACAAUCAACCACAAAAUUCCCUAAACCAGAUAACAUUAAACAUAAUCCAAAAAAUCAUGUGUCAAUUCACAAGUUAGCUCACAGAGCACUUUGAUAUAGUCCUAAUCAUAAUAAUAAAGUUGAUUUUAUUUCAGACAUCGAUGAGUGUGCUCUAGAUUCCCACAAUUGUAACGAGAAUGCCAAUUGUACAAACACCGAGGGAUCUCACAACUGCUCUUGUAAUCCUGGAUUUAGCGGGGAUGGACAUGAAUGCAAAGGUACAGUCCUGAAGAGCAUGACCUUUUUAGGCAGAUAAUUCCAUUCGUAUUCCUUUCUCCUCAAGUACGCCCCUAAAAGAUAUAAACGAUGCUAUUCGAGACAAAAAAGGAGCUUUUUGUUUGCAAACUCGUUUACUCAGUGAUUGCCUGACACGGCAUGGUUUAAAAUAAGUACAUAUUAUAGCUCUGUCCUCUGUGGUUAGAGAGAGUUUGAGCCAUCCUCCAUAUGGAGAGGGAUUACAAGGUUUUUUUUCCUUAAGAGCACCCUGUGGUUUUGAGAUUGUAAGCCAAGUUUUCAUCCCCUUUUCACUGCUAUAUUUUAUCACUAUAAUUGAUAUGGACUGCUUAUUUAAUUUCGGACAUUGACGAGUGUUCUCAAAAUAGCCGCCUCUCCAGCAAUGCAACUGCCAACUGUAAAAAGUUCUUGGGAAUCAUUUAGGUGCAUUUGUAAACCAGAAUUCAGCGGAGAUGGACACAAUUGUACAGGUACUGAACAGAUUUCAGAGCAUGAUGCCUUGUCGAGUAAGCCCGAAAAAAUUACAAAACUGGCCAAAACAAAGUCAGUAUGUAUGGUAACCUGAUAUUUGUUAGAGCAUGAUUUUCAUAUCCUGGAGAUCUCUCUCCCCCUUUUUCCCUUUAACUUUAGUAUUCGUUAUCAUGACCAUAAGUAUGCUCUGUCCAUUGCAUUUCAGACAUUGAUGAAUGUGCUAUUGAAACACACAACUGUAGCAAGAACAAUGCCGAUUGCACAAACGUCAUAAGAUCAUACAACUGUUCAUGUAAUCCUGGAUUUACUGGAAAUGGAUACAUUUGCCAAGGUAAGAUCUUAGACAGCUUGUCUCAUUUAACAAAUGACUUUCCUCGUUACCGGUAUCUGCUCCCUUGAAGCGCCUCAGUAGCAGUCGAAUGUUCAUGGACGAUUGGAUGAUGUCAGUGAAGGUUUAUAAAUAUGGUUAAAUUAAUUUAUAGCAUGAUGGUUCAGCAUAUCAGGAGAAACCAACAAAGGCGGGGUAUCUGAAAUUCACAUCAUCUAUAGUAGGAGACAGGCCUCAAAUUCCUGAUUGCAAUUUUCCUAUACCAUCAAAGAUGGAUGAGCUCGCAAUGUUUUUAUUUUUUAUGAUAUAUAAGAAAGCCUCCCUCCUCUGAAUCGCUCCUUCCUUCCAUCAUCGAAUAUGCUGGAAUUACCCACUGAUAUAACAAGGACAACAGCAUUUGAAGAAAUGACGAGAUAUCUCUAAUUUUUAUCUUCUCUCCAUUGUCAUUCUGUACUUCAGACAUUGAAGAAUGUGCCAAAAUUACCUGCAACUGUAGCAAUGAUAAUGCUACUUGUAAAAGUUCAGAGGGAUCUUUCAAGUGCGUUUGUAAACCUGGAUUCAGCGGGGAUAGACAAAAUUGCACA